AUGCCUGUCUCCCAUCUGACCCUGACUGUUGCCCACCUCCCCACCUCCACAUCAUUCUUCCUUUCCUGCCUACAACCACUCGGCUACCAGUUCAUUGGCCGCCAUGACGACUACAUUGGCUUUGGCCAGAAGACCGGGGAGCCCGCAGAUUUCUGGAUAACCGAGCAAAAACCAGGCGCCCCCGCAGGUGCCGCCCAUGUCGCCUUCCCCGCCAACUCCAAGGAUGCCGUGAGCGCCUUCUUCAUCAGCGCCCUCAAGGCCGGUGGGAAAAUCCAUGGCGAGCCCAAGGAGCGUGACUCGGACUCUGGUUACUACAGCGCCGCCGUUGUUGACUUUGACGGCAACAGCAUCGAGGCGGUAUAUCGCCCCAGCCCCUCCCCUGCCCGGUCAGAGGUCAAAUCCGAAGUCAGGUCUGUGGUGAAGUCCGAAGUCAGCAGGCCCGCUCUGGGCUUGCUGGAAAACGGCUCGGUGGUGUCAAAGGCCAGCAGCAGAGCCACCUCUGUCCGGUCCGAGAGUAUUGCGCCUCCCAGGUCUGAGGCCAGGUCUUACGUUUCCAAGGCCACGACCGCGGCUGAGAGACCCCAAUAUGAGCGCGCGCCAUCCUCGGUCACCCGUGAGAUCCAACGGGCUCCCACCGUGGUGACUCGCGAGAUCCAACAGGUUCCGUCCCCGACAUACAUCGUGCAUCACACCACGCAUACCACGACCCAGAAGGCCGACGAUGGCAAGACGGCCAAGACCAUUGUUGGCACCCUGAUUGGCGCCGCCGCGGGUGCAGCACUCGCAUAUGCCAUGACCAAGAGCGACGAAACGCCCGAGACCACGACCCCUCCCCCCCAGUAUUCUCCUCGGGACUUCGCCCAAUUGAUCUCCCCGUCCCAGGCCCCAUCCCAAGUCCAGGAGUAUCCUGGGUUCCAGGCCAUCGAGGCUCCUCCCCCGCGCAGUGUCUAUUCUUCUCGAUCCGAAGUGCGCCCCAGCCUCACUCGCAGUGUGACCUCGAAGAACCCCCGUGCGAGCACCAUCUACGAGGGCACCGAGUUCGUCCCGCGUGGCAGCGGCGGCAGUGUCUAUCUCGACGAGAACGGCCGCCGGGCAUCCGAGGGAAGCGUGUACUCCACCAAGGACAUGCCCCUGCGGGCGAUCGAGUACGCCCCGCCGGCCGACUCGCGGGGCUACCAGAGCACCCUGAUCAGCAGCUUUGUGGACAAGCCGCGAGGGGUGGACGGCGGCAGUGUCUACUCUGCCUCCACCGCCCGACCCUCCAAGGCCGCCUACCAAGAGUCGCACCACAGCUCCCAUCAUUCGUCUCACCACUCCUCCCACACCGUGACCCGAUCCCAGGCGGGCAGCACAGCCUCUUCGGCCCGCACUGCUCGCCAGGUCCCUCUCACCGAGGAGUCCAUUGCCUCUUUUGCCGCUUCCCAGCGCAGCGGUGCCAAAUCGGGAGUCUCCGCUCGCGGGAUCCCCCUCCCCGAGAGCAUCGCCGAUUUCGACGUUCAAACCCACGUCACCCCCGAUGACUCGAUCAGCCAAGUCGAUGACUCCCGCCGAUCCUCCUAUUCUCACCGGUCGCAUGCCUCCAAGCCCGCGUCGCGGGUGUCCAAGCAGUCGAGCAAGUUCGACGAGCCCGUCAAGCCCAGUGACAGCGUCAGCCAGGUCUCCACCAACGUCUCCAAGGCCUCUCAGCGGACGAUGAAGGCCAGUGGGGGCGGCAGCGGCGGCAGCAUUGCGCCCUCCAAAGCGGCGUCGAAAGUCAGCAGUCGCCGGGGCGCCAGCCAGGUGGCCUAG